AUGUUUUUCAAGUGCAACAAAUUGCCAACUAAAAGUGAAGAAAUAGUUUUAAUCUUAAUUUUUGUUUUUGUUAUACCGUAUUUAUGGAUUGUGAUGAAUCCUAAAAAAGAUAUAAUAAGGAAUAUGAGCACCUACAAAUUGAACAAACAGAUCUUCAUAUUAGCAGGGCAAAGUAAUAUGGCAGGUCAAGGAGGAGUAUCUUACUCUUAUUGGGAUGGUAUUAUACCACCCGAUUGUCAAUCUAAUGAAGAUAUUUUAAGGGUUAAUGUUGAUUUGCAUUGGGAAAUAGCUAAGGAGCCUCUAAAUUAUGGGGUUGAUUGUCUUCGCAAUUGUGGUAUUGGGCCUGGAAUGGCAUUUGCUAAUGCAAUUCUUAACAAGGAUCCAAAUUUUGGUGUAAUAGGUUUAGUUCCUUGCUCUGUGUCUGGAAAAGGAAUUCGCUAUUGGUCACGCGGGAAUAUUCCAUAUGACCAAUUGGUGAAAAAAGUCAACUUUUCUCUUAAAGAUGGAGGACAACUUCGAGGACUCUUGUGGUUUCAUGGUGAGAGUGAUACAAGGACCAAGUUUGAUGCAACUCGUUACAAACCCAAAUUCCAAAAAUUCAUUCAAAACUUGCGCACUGACUUAAACUUUCCUCACCUUCCACUUCUCAUGGUAAUCCUACAUGUUCCAAGUCCAUGGUUUAAAGGAAAGUUUGUAGAUAUAGUGAGACAAGCUCAAAUAGAUGUUGAACUUCCAAAUGCAGUGAAGGUUGACGCAAACGGAUUACCAUUGAAUCCUGAUGGUAUUCAUCUCACAACUGCAGCACAAAUUCGACUUGCUAAUAUGUUGGCUGACGCAUUUCUUUCUUCCAACUUUACAGCACCCACCAAAACUGAAUAUCACAUGAUAUGA